AUGUAUUUUUCUACUGCGGUCCUGGCUGUGCUCUCUGGUACAGCUGCAGGGAUUGCAACGUCGCAAUUUAAACGCGAUCUAAAACUUUCUGCUGAGCUGGGCGUUCAUCCGGAUAUCCUACUGCGUUCAAAGACUUCAGUACAUGCUGUUGCUGGCACUUGGCUUGAUUGGGCCAUUGAGCCGGAGUAUAUCUCGCUCCCGAUUGAUCAUAGCGACUCUUCGGUUGGUACUUACCAGAACCGUUAUUGGGUAUCCGAGCAGCAUUACAAGAAGGGGGGACCGGUCUUUGUGUAUGAUGUUGGUGAGCAAGAGGCCGCGGCCUCAGCUCAAUCCUCUCUCGGCAAUUCGACUAGCUUCUUUUAUCAGCUAAUCGAGGAAUUUGGUGGAAUGGGUAUCGUUUGGGAACACCGAUACUACGGGAAAUCCCUUCCUUACAAUGUCAGCUUAGACGCAGAGCCUGAGCAUUUCAUGUAUCUCAACAACAAGCAAGCUCUGGCAGACAUACCAUUCUUUGCGGCCAAGUUCACUCGUGAAAAUUACAGUGAUGUGAACCUGACCCCAAGCGCAACUCCAUGGGUUAUGGUCGGAGGCUCUUACGCCGGUAUGCGAUCUGCGUUCACCCGUCAUUUGUAUCCCGAUACGAUUUAUGCUGCCUAUGCUUCCUCCGCCCCUGUGGAAGCACGAAUCGACAUGAGUGUCUAUUUCGACCAGGUGUACGAUGGCAUGGCAGCAAAUGGGCACUUGAACUGUACUAGGGAUAUCAAGGCUGCACUGGAGUAUAUCGAUGAGCAAUUAUCGAAGAGUGAAUCCUCGGCGGCCAUUAAGCGGCAGUUCCUCGGCGAAGGCGCCGAGAAAAACACCAAUGGCGAUUUCUCCUCCGCACUCCAGACAAUCUACUGGCUAUUCCAGUCGUAUGGUCUCGGUGGUGGCACCGGCAGUUUAGACUCAUUCUGUGCGCAUAUGGAGACCGACUCGGAGACUGGCGCACCGGCGCCCCCACAAGGAUUUGCCCCAACCCGGGGCAAGAAAUAUGCCGCGCACCGAUAUGCAUCAUGGCCGGUUUUCACACAAUUGGCCAAUUCGUAUUUCGACACCAACUGCAAACAACUUGAACCCAGCCAGCCGCUAGUCUGUGAUCUGUCGGCCCCAUCUAGCGACCCGGAUACCAUCAGUUGGACAUGGCAAUACUGCACCGAAUGGGGAUAUUUCCAGACCAACAACUUUGGACCUCACUCCCUGUUGUCAAAAUUCCAAUCCCUUGAAUAUGCACAGGAAUACUGCAACCGAUACUUCCCAGCGGCUAUCAAGAAGGGACUGUUCCCUGAACGUCCACAGGUUGAAGCGACCAAUGCUGAGACUGGCGGAUGGAGUAUUCGUCCCUCUAACGUUUAUUGGAGUGGUGGUCAAUUUGAUCCCUGGCGUACUUUGUCUCCCUUGGCGAUGGGGACACGGUUAGCCCCGGAGGGAGUGAAUUCCACAACGGAUAUCCCCAAAUGCAAUGUGGAGACGGAUAAAAAUACAGUAUUUGGUUAUACUAUGGAGAAUGCAGAGCACUGCUUUGAUUUCCGUACUUCAUUUGCACCUGGAGCGAUUUCUCGAGGAUAUUUCACCAGCGCAUUGAAAGAGUGGCUGAAAUGUUUUGAAGCCAAGUGA